CGGAUCAUCGUUCAUGCAACCACAAAAGUCAUCAUCCAUCAGAAGAAACAGAACACACAAUCGCGAAAACCGUGCGUGGAAUGUCUUUUUCGUCAUCCGAACCGAGUUUGUAAUAAUAAUUCCUUUUUCUGCGUGUUUUGACUCAUCGUUCAGGUUUCAAUUUGCUGCAAAAACGUUCAUCGGUUUGACCUGUGCAAGAAAUCGCGUAAAUUUGAUCGAUUACUCCAGUUUGGGGCUGUGAAAUUUGGAUUUUUCCGAAGGGUUUUCGACGGUGGAAAAUUCGUUAGUGUGUGACAAAAGGGAAGAAAAAUUUUGCAAAACGCGAUUAUGUGAUUGCCCGUCGUUCGCCGUCGUUUUGCUGCUGGGCCGUUGCGAGAGAGUGUGUGCGUGAGAGCGAGCGCAGUGAUUCUUUUUCUCGCUCGAUCAUUGUGUGGUUCGGUUUUUCGAUUUUUGUCGUCGUCCGUCGGGAAAGUCGGGGGAGCUGCCAAAGAGAAUAAAGAGGCCCCAUCGUGUGAAAAGAGUGAUCUAAAAGUGGUGAAAAUUUACGCCAGAAUCCCGCACGGGUGGGAGAAUCGCGCGUGAUUUAGUGCACAAGCGGAAGCCAUUGGCCGUUCGAUCGGUGAAAGGUGCUAGGCAGCGAAAAAUAAUAGAGCCCUGCUGGCUGUUGGGUGACACAUUACCACCGUCGUGAGGAGGACCAGCAGGAAAAAGUAACAAGAAGACUACUCAAUACACACAAUCGGAUCGGAGCUGCAGCAGCUUGCAAGCGCUGGGGGAAACGAAGAAGAAGCAGAAGCCAAAGCAUUCAGAGCACAGUGUCCCCAAAUACCCCCCGGUCGGAGAGUGUGUGCGAGCGUGACGCAGCUGUGUGUGUGCAUUUGUACGCGCGGCCUCGAAGUGAAAAAUAAUGAGUCGCCAUGAAGGUGUAAGCUGUGAUUCGUGUUUGAAAAGCAACUUUCGUGGACGUCGUUACAAGUGUUUGAUCUGCUACGAUUACGAUCUAUGCGCCAACUGUUAUGAGGAGGGAGCCACCAGCACACGUCACUCCGCAGACCACCCGAUGCAGUGUAUCCUGACGAGGUCCGACUUCGAGCUGUACUAUGGCGGCGAGGUGCUCACACCAGAUCAGCCACAGUCUUUUACCUGCCCGUACUGUAAACGAAUGGGACUGAGCGAUUCCGCACUGCUGGAGCACGUCAGUUCCGAUCACACCGACACAGGCCUGGAAGUGGUAUGUCCAGUCUGUGCAGCGAUACCUGGAGGUGAUCCCAACCUGGUGACAGACGAUUUUGCGGGUCAUCUCAGCCUAGAACACCGGAGCGGUUCGCGGGAUCUUAUCUCAUUUCUGGACGAACCAUCCGCAAUCCGACAUGGAGGCGUACGGAGGAUGCCACAUUCGGGUCGGGCGCUGGGAGGGCCCCGCUCGAGGCGGUCCAAUAUGCACUUCAGCUCAUCGGGCGGAGGUCUCUCCACGCUGUCACCCUCCGGACGGGAAUCCGUGGAUCCCAUCGCCGAACUCCUGCAGCAGUUAUCGAGCGUACGCCGUGGCGGUGCCCCACAGCCAUCGCAGCUCCAACAGCUCCAGAUGCAAAUCCAGCUGGAACGGCAGCAAGUUACGGCCGCUCGUCAACAGCUAGAGCGAUUACCGCGACGUCAGCAGCAACCAGUAGUGUCCUCCGCGACAAAUGCAACCGGUGGCAGUAAUGCGGCCGCCAAUGCCAGCUCAUCGUCCCAGCAGUCCAGUUCGAUUAUCACACUCAAUGCCACGGGUUCCCGUGAUGCACCGAUCGCAUCGUCGUCCUCGCUUCCGAUGGUAUCGUCCGGUAUGGGCACGUGCAACAUCCUUGGCGGCGUGUCGGCUGCUGCGGCGGCGGCCGCUGCACAGCAGCAGUCGCAGUUCUUGAUGGCACGCUUCAUGGUACCGAGCCUCGAUGAUGCCGAACUAGCACAACUGGAGCGUGAUAGAGCUGAUAGAUCACAAUUCGUUCAAGCUUUAAUGUUAUCAACCAUCGCCAACAUCCAGUCGUUCAACAAGCCCGCCGACGAGGAGGUGACUGAUGAGUUGAAUUCAUUGAGUUUAGGCAUUGGCAGUAAUAACACUAGUACCGUGAAAAAGAAUGUAAAGAAGUCGUCCGGCAGCGAUACUGACGAGCAGGAUGGUGCAGCAAAUUACAACAGCAAAGACGAGGGCAAUUGUGAUAAUUUAAAACAGGUGGAAAGCGACGGUAGUUUUACGGACGAGCUGCAGAGUUUGCAUGCCCCACAGGUGCUACCACGAGGUGGUUCCGGUCAGCAGCAUCCGGGAAAGGGUAAAUCUUCAUCAAAAUCAGGCGGCGGUGGAGGCGGAGGGGGAGGAGGCGGUGGCGGCGGAGGUAUCGACAGACGUUCACGCCAGCAUCAGCAAGCGGCCAAUGCUGCUAAAGCUCGCGAACUAAAACAGGCCAACUCUUCGGCCAACACGCCGUCAUCGAUGUCGUCGAAACACGUUCCCGAUUCUAGGUAGUGUUGUACAGCGAACAUUAUUUAAAAUCACAGAGAGGUAAAAAAUAUACAAGAUUAUUAUCAUCUAAAUAUUGUACUGAUAAUUCACGCAGUGUAACCGCAAGUAGCGCAAGACGAGACUUUAAAGAAAAAAAAGAAGAUGAAAAAACUACGAAUGAAAGAUUAAACUUUAAUUAAAUUAUGAAUAUGAACAACAAAACAUAAUUGCAAACAUAUAUAACACCUUAGGCAUUAUCAUUACUGUGUAAACAGACAAAACAAGUAAAUAGAGAACAUUAUAACAGAACAAAAACACUACUGCAAAAUAAUAUUUAUGGAUGCAACAGCAAAAGUCACCAACCAGUACGUUCUAAACUCUACUUACUCGAUCCAACAAACAGCCGUAGUGGGCUUUGUCCGUUUGUCUGUCAGUGUGGUGUUGAUAAAAGAGUGAAAACGAGAGUGUCAAAGCCAGGAGGCUGCUUAAUGUCGCCCCAGCCGGCGAUGAUGGAUUGAUUGAUGCACCGCAGAAAAAAGAAAAUAUAAGCAAAACGUCUGUUACUCAGCAGUGGUUACGCAAAACAAAACAAUACGAAACCGAACAUCUUUGCAUUGAAAGUUGUUUCUUUGCCCAAGAACACACACAAACAUUUAUACAUACACGAAAGUGCUAAACAAAGAAAAGGAAAGGUGUGUCGCCAACUGUUUUCAUGAAUUCAAACACGAUCACCAUGUUGCACCGAUGGAAAAGCGAUCUAAAACGGCUAAUUUUCGGGGAUAAUGAUGGUCCUGAACGUUUGAUCAUGUUCUCUAUGCUUCAAUGACCAACAAUGUGUGAAGAAGUAGGCAUUUUGGCGAGCCUGUUUCGAUCUCCUGGCGAUGUGUUCUGUAUGCCAUUUGGGUGUUCGUCAAAAUGCUGCUUUCACCUUUCGAUCAACACCUGUCCGUUCCUAUGGAUGGUCCCGUUCUUAACCUUGCUGGAAGAGAUGGGAGAAAUUCCCUUCCCAGCAGAACACAAUUUAGUAGAACAAGGUGCAUACAGGUAUUUUAAGUAGCUACCUAUAUCUAUGGUAGUUGCGAAGUGUUCCUGGAUCAACAUCUUGCAGAAUUCCUCAAAAUAUUUCAACGGAAUUCCCUGAAAUUGAAAUGUGGUUUUAACCUGUCUUAACACAUUUCCUCCAGUUCCAGUUAGCCUAGUGGUUAAGGCUAUGGAUUGCCAAUCCGGAGACGGCGGGUUCGAUUCCCGUUCCGGUCGAGAAAAUUUUCUCGACUCCCUGGGCAUAGUGUAUCAUUGUACUUGCUUCACAAUAUUUAAAAUCAUGCAAUGGCAGGCAAAGAAAGCCCUUCAAUUAACCCUCUAAUACCCAAUCCCGCCUUUAGACGAGGUAUAGUUUGAGCAUUUUUGUAAUUUUUGUUUCGUGGAAAAUCAAUUUUUUGAUAUUUUUGGCUGAUAUUUAGGACUGUUCUGUAUAUCUCAAAAUGGUUUUCGGUGUAUUUUAAAGCGUAUUUACAUUUUUUAAAAAUCAUUGAAAAAUUGAUGUUUUAGUCACCUUUUAGAAGUCAUUGUUUAUUUUGUAUUGAAUCGCUACAAUUAACAUAUUUUAAAUUUUUCCCAAAUCAUUCAAUCGUUGUUUAAUAGUUUAAGAGAAUCGAAUACACUCUAAAAUUAUUUUCCUUAAAAUUACACGGAAAAUAAAAUUUUCUGUGAAAAAAAUUUAAAAUAAUAAUAUUUCAAAAAUAAUCAUAAAAUCUCAAAAUGUUUUCAUCUCAAAAAAUCCGUUCCCCAAAUUGGCUUCCAGGAAAAAUAUAAAAGUGUGGGGAUGUUUAAAAAUAAAAAUUAAAAAAAUCAAAAACUGAAAUUCACGAAAUCGAGAAUUAAAAAGAAUCAUCUUCCAAAACAUGUUUAAAUCGAUUUUAGAUGACGAAAAAUGAUAUUUAGAUCAGAAUCAAAAAUUUGGGUAUUAGAGGGUUAAUAACUGUGGAAGUGUACAAAGAACUCUAAGUUGAAACGAGGCAGGCCAAGUCUCAGUGGGGACAAUAUGUAGCAUUUUGGAAUUGUGACUUUUCGAAUCGUGGUCAGGGGUUCCUGUUGGUCGGUGUUUUUUUUUCUCUCAAUCGACAACGGGCAAUUUUUUAGAAUGUAGAAAUUCAACGAACUUGUGGGAUCGUUGUUAUCCGCAAUAAUUAGGUACUAUUUUGGAUCGCUUUUUUCAACGUGCAUGGUUCUUACGGGAAUCAUACAGCGCAGCGGAUGGCACUUUGCAUGUCUAGGGUGUGAUAGUGAUAAUCUUCCUCCUCCGUUGAAGAAGAGAGAUAAAUUUCAUCGGGACAUCAUCAUUUUGGUUGGAAAGGGUUUGAUGACAUUACCUAUAUAGCGAAUGGGAUGCAAAUAGGAUAUUAAUUUUUAAUUGCAACAAGGAUAGAAAGGCAGUGAAAAUGAAGCAUCUAGAACGUAGAGCAUGGGAUAGGCCAACAACUUGAAUGCGAAACGAUCAACUGAAAUUUAUGAGGGAAAUACAUGAACUUUAGGAAGAGUUUCUUAAAAGGUUACUUCAUGUUUCUAAAUUCCGGUUGUAGUGAUGGUUCUUGAGCGCACUACCGUUUUGGAAAUUGUAGGACCAACAGUUCAUUCAUUCGCCAAGAACUAUUACUAAACCUGGUGUUUCAAAUCGAAUGUUUCCUUCGGUUUUAUUUUUUUUGAUACUUUCGCAGCACAUAUACACCCAAACAUUUACGCUUAGGUAUAAUUGACAUUCUUGCGGGAAAAAUUGCAAAAAAGUUAAUGCUAGGUGACGAUAGUAAAACAAAAUGGUCCUUGAAUAGAAGAAAAUUCGUUGUUAUUAGUGUUUAUUUCUUUCAUUUACUAGUAGGUAGUACCUAUGUAUGUUCCUUAGGAAGUUUCCAGCUAAACAAGGAAAAAUCUUCUCUCAGUUCUUCUAUCGGCAGCAUCUUCUUCCAGUCAAUUUGUGGGUGAGAAUUUGUAUGACACAUUUUUUUUCUUUCUCCAAACAUACGUAGUCGAUACCAUCAGCUACUGCUACCAAUAUGCAACGCUUCGUACUCUAAAUUUUCCUUUUUUGAAGUUUCAACCAAUUAUUUAUUUAUUUGCAUGGGUACCAAACCACAUCAAAACGCUAGACACGGUGAGUUUCGUAAUCGUAAAACGCAGAAUUAUUAUUAAACUAAAAUAUAGUGCUUGUAUAGAAAUUUGAAUUUUAAUAAAAAUGAUCAAUAAUUACAAACAAAUAAAAUUCAAUGUUGAAAAUAAAUAAAAAUAAUAUACUAAA